UCCCAGAAGCCGCCGGACCAAUCACAAAGUGCAGCGCUUCUCGCUCAUGCGCACUGGGCACCCGGCUGUCAGCAGUCAUCUCCUGUACUGUGUCCGCAGUCUCUGGUCAUCUCCUGUACUGUGUCCGCAGUCUCUGGUCAUCUCCUGUACUGUGUCCGCAGUUUCUGGUCAUCCCCUGUACUGUGGCCGCAGUCUCUGGUCAUCUCCUUUACUGUGUCCGCAGUCUCUGGUCAUCUCCUGUACUGUGGCCGCAGUCUCUGGUCAUCUCCUGUACUGCCGCAGUCUCUGGUCAUCUCCUGUACUGUGGCCGCAGUCUCUG